CAUCCAUCCAUCUAUCUAUCUAUCCAGAUUCAUAACCAAUUCCUUCCUCCCAACCCCAACAAGAAAAAAAAAUGGAUAGAACAACCCUCCUCGCCCAGAUCGAAUCCGACAAAAAACUUCACAUUUCCUUCCUCCAAUCCCUCGCUCAGGCACCAUCUCCCAACCCACCAGGAGAUACAAGAGCAGCUGCAUCUGUGAUAACGAAUUACCUACACGACCACAACGUCCCAUUCGAAAUCGUAGCCCCCAAAGCAGACAUGCCCAAUGUCGUGAGUGAUUUCCACGGUGGUAAUGGGAAAACAGGUCCCCGCAUCGUCAUGAAUGGCCACAUCGAUGUCUUUCCUGCAGGUGAUGACUCAGAUUGGAAGCAUGGCGGGGCAUGGUCUGGGUUCAAUGAUGGGGAACACAUCUACGGCCGCGGUACGGUGGAUAUGAAAGCUGGGACGGCUGCAUUGGUCAUUGCAUUCACGUACCUGUAUGCGCAUCGAGAGGCUCUGGAUGGUAGUGUUGCGUUGACGGUUGUAUCUGAUGAAGAAACUGGUGGGAGAUGGGGUAGUCGAUGGCUACUUGACGAAGCGCAAGAUAAAUGGGGUGGUCACUGCAUGAUCAAUGCCGAGCCAGGAGGUAUACAGUCCGUUCGGUUUGGAGAGAAAGGAACACUACGGAUGACUUUCACCAUCACUACCAAGGGUGCUCAUGGGGCAUAUACAUUUCUCACCGAAGGAGCUACGAUGAUGGCGGUUCGAUUGAUCACAGAGCUGAAGACCAUCGAGAGCAUAAGACCUACCGAUCUCCCUAGAAGUGUGGAGGAGCAUCUCCAAAAGCCCGAGGUGCGCGCGACCAUCGACGAGAUCAUGGGAAAAGGUGCCGCAGAUGUCAUGUUGGUGCCUACAUUGAACAUCGGCACUAUCCACGGGGGAUUGAAAGUGAACAUGAUCCCAGAACAUUGCACCUUCGAGGCAGACGUGCGGCUCCCGAUCGGGUUACAGGCGCAAACGGUACUCGAUCACAUCUCGAGUAUCCUUCGACGAUACCCGGAUGUGCAUUUGACCGUGCAGGAGGCGGCGAGUAAUCCCGCCGCGUUCUGCGAUCCAGAUCAUCCCAUGGUGAAGAUCAUGGCGGACGUGGCUGAGGCCACGACCGGUCGUAAACCCCUUGCUAUUCCGGGGUUGGGAGCCACGGACUGCAAAUUCUGGCGAUAUCUGGACAUCCCUGCAUAUGUGUAUGGUGUCUCUCCAGAAACCAUGGGCGCGACAGAUGAGCGGGUGAAGAUCGAUGAGUUUCUUGUCUUGAUCAAGGUGCAUGCCUUGUCUGUAUGGGAUUACCUGCAUGCUACCUAAAUACUACGUUAACGGGACAAGGUACAGCAUCUGAUCUCAGUAAUUGAGCUAAUUGAUUGAACUAAGAUCUCUUCACGCACUAUUAGAGUGCCCCAAAAGACGGAAUCUAAACAUCUAUUCGUUUAGUUACCUACCUAGGUACUUAGAAGAAAUCAAAGCUGCCCGUUUCGGCAAGAUACAUUGCA